GAUUUAUACAUUUAUGUGAUACUUGUGACUUUUUAAAUAUUAUUUCUUUAUCAUUGGACUAUAAACACAGAGCAGAGAUAACGACUACCACCAACCGUCACAGAUUAAAAAAUGGCAGCCUCCAUUAAUGACUUCAUGUCGGGACAUGGUAAAGCCAAACCUUGCAGAGCGUGUACCGAUUUCGAUUCAUAUAUUGAUCAGUACAUGAAGGAAAAGAAACUACCAACAACAAUGAAAGCCAAGCUUAAAAAUGACCUUCAGUGCCCAUUGGACAAAAAUGAUCUUGGUCGGAACACUUGGUCAUUUCUCCAUACGAUGGCAGCAUACUUUCCAAACAAACCAAGUUCAACCCAACAGUCGGAGAUGAAGCAGUUUAUCAACUUAUUUUCUAAAUACUAUCCGUGUGAUUACUGUGCUGAGGAUCUGAGAGAAGAGUUGAAGACUAAUCAGCCAAACACGACCAGUCAGCAUGCCUUUUCCCAAUGGAUGUGUAGAUUACACAACAGUGUUAACUUUAAACUUGGUAAACCAGAAUUUGACUGUAGUAAAGUCAAUGAACGAUGGCGAGAUGGUUGGAAGGAUGGUAGCUGUGGAUGACUUUUAAUAGUAUCAUUACAUAUAUAUAUAUGUAUCUUUUAAAAAAGUUUUACUUUCUUUUAGAUUCUUUUAACUGCUAUAAAUGUCUUGAUGAAUAUUGACCAACAAAGGGAUUGGUAAUAGGAUUUCUAUGAUCUUCUCAACCCAAUCAAUAGAAUCAUUCAUAUGAUAUACAUUGUUACGGGUAAAGACCAUUCAUCUUUUUGGCUUUAUUUCUGUUUAAGUAUUUUAAUUCAUUUAGUCUUUUUAUAGAAGUUAAGUUUAGCUAGAUUACUAAUAUGUUUCUAAAGAACUGCAUUCCUCUGUGAUCUUCUGUAGUGCACUAAUAGUUCAUCAACCAGUGGAUAAUGUCCAUAAUUUGUCAAUAUUUAUGUGUUAUAGCAGAAACAAAUAUCUGUCCUUUGAAGUGGAAAUUUGUGAUAUCAGUGUGUCAAUGUAUGUGAUUUUAUAUGAAAUACAAUUGUUACAUUUUGA